AUUUGUAGUUAACUAGAAAGAUGUAAUGACACGUGAAGAUGGAAUAGGAUUUAACAGUGGACUGGAUUAGAGAGAUAAGGAAGUAACGAACUCCAGAUGGAUUUUAGACAAAUAAUCUUCAUCAUAUGUGUAGGAAAUUUAACCGCAUUAAAGCAUCGCAUUAAAGCAUCGGCGCAACAAUGGAUACCUCUAGACACCGGAGAAGUGAUCGUCAAUCUUAGUGACAUGUCCUCCGACUCAACCCAAUUCAAAAUAACAACAAAAAGCCGUCUCGCUGCUUCCGACAAAGUAGCUAUUGACUUCCUGUCGGGUGGGUUUGAAAAGAUGGGCAGCUUAACAAUCGGACCUGAAGGUCUCAGAUUUGAGAUAUCGUGUUCCGGAGAGCUCAUGGUGGAUUAUUACCAAGAGGGGGUUAUCCAACCGGGGGAGUGGUCCUUUCAAAAGGUCGGGGAUAUGCUGAUAAUCCGUUAUGAUGGGGGAGAUUUCUACGUGUUAACGGCUGAUGACGACUGUUUGAAUGAGGAGAUCAGGGCGAUAGAGUUUGAGGAGUUGGUAGAUGGGGCUUCUGAGGUCUACUCAGGGAUGGUGGUAACAGGAGCAUGUGACCCAGGCUACAUAGUAACUCCCAACGGAGCCUGCCUCCGCUGCCCUAUGGCUUCUUUCAGCACCUCUGGAACUGACACGGCUUGUACCGCGUGUCCUGAUAACAAGUACUCUUACCCUGGCUCCACCUCCCAGGAUGAUUGUAACGAUAAAGUCACUUUUGACGAAUUGGUGUCUGAACAAGUCCCUUCAACGAACACGAUAGCGUAUAACGCUUUCUGGGACCUAAAAAAAGACGUGUCAGUCGUUUUCAGAAUCGACCAAACCGAACAUUCUAUAUCAGAUUGUGACGUCAUGAUAGCUUUUGAACGAGUUAGUUUGGAAAUAGACAUAUCGAAGUCGAAUUUGUUCAAGGGUGAAGUGGAAAGAUCUCUUACGGCCGUUUAUGAUCAAAGGAUUGCUAAAUCAAUAACGGUGAAAGAUCAGAAUGUUUAUGAGAUAUCCGUGCAUUUUGAAGAAGGUAUGAUUACGGUUACAGUGCCCGCUGAUGAUGGAAGUAGAACAAAGAAGAUACAAUUUCAGAGAAUUGAACCAAGUGACCUGAUAAACUCAGGAUCUAAAAAGAUAAACGUAGCAGUUUCAGACAACCAGUGCCUGAACUUCCUAGAUGCUCAGAGCGAGAUAAUGUUAGUUGAACCUACUCCUGAACCUGAGGAACUUACAGAAACCCCACCUACUGAUGAUCCAGACCUUGAGAAAGUAGAGGCAAUGUUGUGUGAGGCUACGUAUUACCACGACUGUGAAAAUAUUAACUUGGAGCUAAACGUACCGUGGGCAGAAUUCGAUGUGCAUAGCCUUCAAAUCAGCAACAUUUCAGCGGGAAGAGGAAUCAAGAUCACAGCUGACAACUCCAAAAGUUACGUUGUAACCGACAAGUUUACUGACUCUAACUUCCACGAUGGAGUUUCUGUUCCAGGUCUCCACAUGGAGAGUGAAGGUGGAACGAAGCUCAUAACACUGGAGUAUAUUGAAUACCAGAAACCAAAAGUUAGGGGAUCCGACCGUACCCCUGUUAACAGAGCGCCCCCGGACCUGACAGAGAGGGAGGGGGAGGACGAGAGUGAGUUCUCAAUGAACUAUGAUAUAGAAGAGGAGGAGAAUGAGGAGGUGAAGGAGCUUAUGUUAAAUGAUGUGGUAAACUUUGAGGAUCUUGAGGAUCUUGAGGAUGAAGAUGAUAGAGAAGGUAUAGAUGGUGAUGGAGAUGAUGAUAAAGUAAAGGUAUGGAGACCGAAAUUCAACAACACUAAAGUCCCCGUCAAAGUUUUCACGGAAAAGGCUAAGAAAUUCAAAGAACAAGAUGACGAUCAGGCUGUAGGUAACUUGAUGGGGUACCUUGCACAUAACGGUUACAUCGACGUAGGAGUGAACAAGAAUCACAACAAAAAAGCAGAAAAAGAAACAGGAGACAACAAAGCAGCGUCUGUAGCUGCAGAUGCUGUUGUGGAUGAGGAUGCUAUGAUAGAGACGGUCAAGGCAUUCCAAAAAUUUAACGGUUUCCCAGAGACAGGUGAGCUGACCGAAAAACAGUCACAAGUGCUGUCCUUACCACGGUGCGGAAACAGAGACACAUCUUACAAAGACGAGAUAGAGGCAUUUACUUGUAUUGAAUCAGAUGCCAUCAUAGAGAGUGACAUGGUGCGGAACCCUUGUGCGCUGGAUGAGGAUAGUUUCUUGGACAUGUGCUCACACUUCCCCAACGAUUUUGUCAAGCCUGCACACAAAAAGGAAAAUAUCAAAGAUUUCGUGUGGGACAAAGGGUAUCAUUUCGAAGCUGACUUGGAUUUCAGUAAGAGUAAAAAGAGAAACUCGCACGUUGGGAUUGCGUUCAAUUACGAGAAUUCAACCAGGACGUCAGAUUAUGUCUUUAUCCAGUACGAAAAAAGAAACAGUAGAUUGGUGUUCACACAGGGAACAUAUACCAGAGGAAGAAGGAAGACUGUCAAAAAAAUUGACCUUGACAAGUGUGUCGAACUUGACAAAGAUCAAAAGCGUUUGAAGCAGUUUAAGGUAAGGGUGACAGUCGGGUCAAAUACAGAACGGACAGCUUCUGUCGCGGUCAAUGGACUCAGGAUCUUCCGCUUUGACACCGUCAUGCCAACCAAGUCGUCCGUGUACACUUUCACCCUCGGUGGAAGCAACUACAGGCAACACAAGGUCAGUGUUUUCACGGCACGGAUAUGCAGGAGAAACAUUUUGUAUGAAGGGAACGAGGGCUUAAAUCUGGAUACGGACAUUGAGGACGUUGAGGGGAAGCUGUCCAGGAAGAAGAGAUGGUCACACUCAAACUUUAAGUGGUAUCCUAAUGGUAAACCUAUCUCUUAUGCCUUCACUAACUACAGCUCGCAUCUGGGAGAAGAAAAAACUAGAAAAGUGGUAGAAGAAGCUCUUCAGGUUUGGUCAUCUCGCGGUUUUGAAUUCAAAGAAAGUAAACCAGAGUUUGCAGAUGACGCACAAAUUGUUUUUAUGUUUAUGAGGGGACGCCAUGCAGAUGGACUGAAGUUUGAUGGGAAAGCCCUAGAAAAAGGCCAUGCUUUUGUACCGGUUCAUGGUGAAAUACAUUUUAACGAUUUUGAGUGGUUUUCGAGUGACGUAAAUGAAAGUGGUGAUUUUACAAGCUUGAAGUAUGUUGCUAUGCACGAGAUUGGACAUGCUGUAGGGAUUAGUCAUUCGGAGGUGAAAAAUGCGGUAAUGGCUAAAGAAUAUCCCGGACAAAACGCUUUCAGUGUAAAUGAAUUGGAUAUUGAUGAUACCACCGCGAUAAAAGCUCAAUAUGCUGAGAUGAUAACACAGGAGACUGCACUGCUAAGUAUAAAUUACGAAGAAAUCAGGGGCCAACAUCAUUUAGACGACAACUACAUCCCAAGACUCCCAAUACCGACUGACUGUCUGAACAGUAUAGAGGCCGCGUUUUAUCUUUACGGCCGAGAAGGAUUAGAAAAUUCGGUAUACCUGAUGGCUCAUGGUUAUGUUUGGGUAUUUAAUCCAAACACUAAAGAAAUGCUACCAGGAUAUCCUAAACGGUUAGGUUUAGUGUUUUACGGAGCUCCUGCUCAGAUUGAUGCUGCAUUCGACACCGGAGCACUAAUCCAUCUCAUAGCUGGAAAUCGUGUUAUCAUCUACAAAGUGACUGAUGGUGCGAUAUCGUAUAAUAUUGAAACAACUCUCCAAGACCUCUUCGGGAUAACUGACAAGAUAAAAGCUUCCUUUAAUAACAAAAAGGUGGAAUGUAGUGGAAAUUCAGACACUAACUGCAUCAAGACAACUCUUGUAGUUGAUGCUGAGACGGAAGAUUCUAAGUACUAUGAAGUCAUUUGGAAAAAAAGGGGAAAAAAGUUCGAAAACAUUCUGGGUGGUCAAGGAACCAAAGUUAUCGGAAGUGCACUGAAGAAUAACUUAUUUGGGGCUUCAUACGAGUACACUAAAGAUGACGGCACCACAGAGGUCAUGAUUUUCCAAAGACUCGGCAGGACAAUGAGAAGUAGAGUUAUCUUCCCGGGAGUUAAUUACGAGGAGAGAGAUGGCUAUUUUGACGUACCUGGGUAUUUCUCUAUUGUUGGAUGGUGUGUAGACGCGUGAAUAGUGAAUAGAUAAGUAAAACUGAAACUGAAACUGAAACUGAAACUGAAACUGAAACUGAAACUGAAACUGAAAUUAAAUAAACUUCUCUAUUGUGGGAUGGUGUGUAGAAGCCACUGUAAAUGAGGAUUAAGAAUAAAUCAUGGGUUCUUAUUUCAGUAGAUUAAUUUUCCUAAAAUGCUGGUUUAUUUUUAGAAUUAUGGAAUUUUUUCAGAUAUUACUGUUUUUAUUAUAAUUUGGUACAAUACAUGUGCACAGUGCAACCUACAUGUCUGAUGUCCACUCAUGCAACUUUUAUAAGCUUUUUAAAUCUUUCUUACGUCUUCAAUAUAUUUUUAGCUUAUGUUGCAACCUUAACGAGUUGAAAAACAGUUUCAGAUCUUUUUAACAAGACGAUGUUGUUAGUGUCUUUAUCAUAAAAUAUUUUAUUCGUUGGUACAUCAAAUUUUCACAAAUAUUUUCUGAUUUGAUCAUAAUUGCAUGUCGGGAAUUUAUAAAUCACCACAACUAGUUUCUAAUGCAUUCUCAGACUUGAUAUUUCUUAGUUUAAUCUGGUCCCAUUGAAACGACCACCAGAUUAUUUUA